GCUGUUUUCAAUCUGGCCUUUGCCAACAUUGGUCAUCGCACUACAAUUAUUCGUUGUUAUUUUUCGUUCAUAUUUAAUUUUUAGCCGGCUAGGACUGAAUAGUAUUAUAAUGUUGUAUAGAAAAUAGACUCAGGAUGUCGAGAAUUGUGAUGAACCAACUGACCCACCCGCAGCGAGUUCGCCUGCUGUACAAAACCAUUCUGCGACUUCACAGAGGACUUCCCGCGGAACUCCGUGCUCUAGGCGACAACUAUGUGCGGGACGAGUUCCGGCGGCACCUCACCUGCAAUCCCAUGGAGGCACAGCUCUUUAUGACAGAGUGGGCCCGAUAUGCCUCCACGAUCACCCAGCAACUAGGCAUUCGAGGCAAGCCAAAGGGGGAGCUGGGCGAGCAGAUCGAUCCAGACGCCGUGGACAUGCUUAAGGACGACCAGGUGGUCCAACUGUACGAGCUCAUGCUGGCGGCCAAAGGCUUAGGUGAUGAUACAAGCACGGUGAACGACAUAAGAGGCAAAUAAAUUAGAGAAUUCCUUUAUUA